UAUUUCCAGUUCCGUCAUGUCACAAAACCUGAAUGGAGUCCCUUUAAUUUGUUCAAACCAUGACCCCGACGUCAUUUUGAAUGCUUAUUUGAUGAAGUGAAGAUUGAUUAUGUCGUUAUUAAAUUAAAAGUUGUUUAUUCUUUUUCAGACACCAUGUACCGGAGUUUUUGUGUUUCUACUGCAGUGAGCAAACGAAUGAUCUGCAAUGCUGUAUAGAUCACUUAGUAGCAUCCCAUGGGGAUGAGAUUCUGAAAAUACGAACGAAGAUUUUUAACGAGCGAACAGGAAGAUUUGGUUUUCUAACAAAAAACUUCAACCUUGUUCCAAUGGAUAUAUUAGAGUUCGGACAGUGGCUACAAGUUGAAUCAGACUGGACUGUCGUUGUAAGGGAACCUAAUCAAGUAAAUUACUGCUUAGAUAACAUGGAGCUAGAGGAAUUCAAUGAUUUGAUGUGUCAAGGUUGCGGGAAAGAUAUAAACGAAGGUGGAGAAGAUGACAUAUUAGAAGCUCCCUUGCACAAUUUAACUUUAGACAGCAUUCAUAGCCCAUUUCCCAAGAAAAUUAAAUGUUCUACACCAUUAAAAGAACACUCAGACCAUGCAGAGAUACCGUUUAAAAAAUCGGACAGUCAAUCAACAAACGCACAUCUUGAUGAAAUGAUUUCCAUACUGCCUAAUGUAUUGGAACAUAUGAAAAUAAAUGGUCAUCUUGAAACCUGGCUUAAUCUUAAUAAAAUGAUAUCAGAUGGAGUGUUUCCCUUUGAUAAUAUUUCUUUUCUUCUGUUUAUGGACGUGUGUAAUUUUUUGUCAUCAGAAAACACAUCAGCUAUGAGGUACACUGAAACUGUUAAAAGGUUCUGGCGUAUUGGGUAUCGUCUGUUCCAUGGAAAAUGGCUUAGAUUCAUGAGUGGUCCUAAGCAUACGGGAACAGAACUAUCAGGAACAAGUGAAAAAGGAGAGUUUGUUCCGGUAGAGGGAAUGAUAAACUUUGCCGUACCAAGUAAGAGUGUUAUGUCUUCUAACAUGGCUCCAGUCAAACAAGAUGAAAUCAAACCUGGAAUUUUGUCAUAUCUGCUAGACAAAGUAGCCGAUGAUUCUAAUCCUACUAAAACAUACAAAAUAUGUUUAGAUGGAAAGAAGAUUAACGCGUCUACAAGUGGCCCAGAAGGUGAUAUCGAUCUUUGGGGAUUCGAACACAAACCAACUUUAAAAGAAAAGCGUCGUGCACUUCAAGAGGAGAAAAAUAUGAUUGCUGAAACGGUUGAACUAGUUAACCAAUUUGGCGAUAAAAUUAAAAGUAUUUCUAAUAAGGAAGUCAACAAAAGUCAAAUAGAUGGUCUCACGAUGUUGCUUCGAAACGUCAUUGAAUGCUUGAGCAAGAGAAUUAGUUCACUUCGAAAAAUGAUCGUACAAAAAGAAACAUCAAAAGACCGUCUGAAAAAAGAAGCUGGUGAAGAUUGGAAAAAAUCAAAGUUAGUUUUCGUCAUAAGUAGUCUUAUAACAGGCAUUUAUGACAUUAAAGCAUGCAUAUCGAACUUAUUGAAAGUGAUUGAUGAAAUAUGCAGAGUAGUUGCUUCAAUAUAUGGGCAAAAUUACACCAGUGAAAGUAAUGUGAACAUGAAAGAUAUAGUUAAUUACAAGCAUUUUGCUGAAGGGGGCAGCGAACCAAGGUACACUAAACAGAGAAGUGAACAAUGGUUUAAUUUGAGGAAAAAUGCAGCUAUUACCGGAAGUACAUGUAACGAUGCUAUUGGUCUAAGAACAUUGAAAAAACAGGUGGAGCAUUAUGAUGAGUACAUUUUGAAAAUAAGUAAACCUGAGCCUUCAGACAGUGUCAAAGAAAUGAUGGCAUACGGAACUGAAAACGAAAUCAAUGGUAUUGCUACAUUGGUUGCAAAAGUUCUUCCAGUUUUAAAUCCUGAACUCAGUUACUUUGAAGAAGGUUGUUAUCCGCUGUCACUAAAUGAUGUAAACGUUGUGGUUAGUCCAGAUGGCAGUUGCCGAUCAUCACAAUCAGAACCAGCUAUCUAUGGAGUAGAAGUAAAAUGCCCAUUCCCAGGAAAGAAAUAUACAGCACCAGUAUUGUAUACACUGCCAAAAUAUUAUGUUACCCAAGUUUUGUUAGAAAUGAAAGCACUCGAUGUCAAACAGCUAUACUUCACCUGCUAUUCGAAAGAGUCAACUACAGUGCAACUAGUAACCUUUGAUGAAGAAUUGUGGUCACUCAUUGAACAAGAGAUUUAUACUCUUUACGGUGGCGAUAAACCCAGACGACCCACGAAAAAAUCUGAAAGUCUAAAAAUUAUUCAGCAAAAAAUAGAAAGCUUCGUAAAUACAAAUGUUCAUUUCAUUAUGGAAGUAUUAUCGGUGAAAGCUGUUGAAUGUAUACCAGACCAGGCACACGUUGACGUUGCUGAAGUAUAUUGUACAAAGCACAUUGAUUCAGACUGUAAUUUAACGGAACCUACAUAUACUAAUAAAGUUCAAGAAAUACUGUACAAUGCAGAAGAGAACUUGGAUAGGGCUUACCAACUUACAAGAAAUAAAGCUUCUGAAUUUCUCGGAUUUAUGAUCUCGGACCUUGAUAGGGAAUAUAACACGAAUGCUCUUCAUUCAGUUCCGAUAGCAUAUGGCUUAAAAGGGUAUAGCCUACCAACCGGAACUUUGAGAAACAUGUUAGAAUUUGUAUUAAACGAAUGUUUGCAAAGGGGCUUAUAUGUACCAGUUUGCUCAUUUGAUGGUCAGUGGUAUCGUCUGGUUGUGCGAGAUCGGAACGAGAUACCUUUAACAAUUCUUCAACUGCAACGUGACGUUUAUAACUCAGUUAAACAAAGGUCUAAAUCUGAUAUAAUAAAAGAAAUUUCCAGUGCCAACAAAGUCGAAGUUUCAAACUAUGAUGACUUACAAGAUUGUGUUGACAUUGUAUGGAGACGGAAAAAAACAAUGAUAAAGAAUGGUGCGAUAGUUUGCACUAAUGUUAUCGAAGUCAAAGGCAAAAAAGACAAUAAAUUGUUCAAAAUGUCAAAACAAACAAUGCAUAUGAUUCAGAAACAAUUGGAGAUCAACAAGGAAAAAGACAGCAUUGACAUGCAAGUGGAAGAUGAUGUUUUGAAUAAUGUUCCCGACAACGUUCAUGAAAUGCUAACUGCUGUCAUUGCCGAAAAUAUCCAUUCUAUUAUCACUGGCCAUCAAAAUUCACAAGAAGAAGAAACAACUUCUAUGAAUGAUGACCCAGAAAAAAUCGUUAGUACACCAGAAGAAUUAAAUCAUCAUGAAAAUAUCAGUAUUCAGAACGACCACCCGUUAAGUAGUUCGGAAACAGUAUUUCUUGAUGAAAAAGACUUAUUGCUUAUGUUAGAUUCUUUAAAGGGAGACCAGAAGUCAAACAGAAUGAAAAAAUGGGAAAUAACUCUUGUUGAUUUCCAAGAAAAGUUGUCAAACGCAACUACAAUUGCAAAUUCCUUUUUAGCAUAUGAGCUUCAAGUAUGCUUAAGGCCUGUUAUUUCAAAAUUUAAAUCAAAGGGAAUAAAAGUGAAUACAUCCUCCAAUAAGCACGUCCUUGUAAAUGCAUUUUCUCAAGCUAUAGGAGACGGAAGCAGUAUCACUCCAACAGCUAAGAAAAGGAAGUUUAUACCACAACUUAAAGCGUUAGCAAAAACAGCUCUUCAAAAAUUGUCUAAAGCCCAUUUGAACAUUUUACUUGCUGAAAACAUAUUUCCAGCAAAGCUUGAUGAUUGGUAUAGAAACAACCCUUUUGGUAAAAACAUCUCAAUUUCGUCACUAGAUUGUUCUGACCAGCCGUUUUGGUACAGUCAACCUGAACUCAACGACACAUUAGGUUAUUAUAUCUUUAUGGUAUUGGAUGUUUAUCAUCAGUUAUGUGGUGCUCGAAGGCUUUUCUGUGCAAACGGUAUGCCAGCUGCUGGAAUCAGUUCAGCAUAUAUUCAUUCAGUUGCCGAAAAUAGCUCACUAAAUGGAUGUGGUUUAAAUACAGCACAUGUAAAAGACUUAAUAGAUAAGCAAAGUGUAGCAUUCGCCGUGUUAACAUUUUCAGAGAAGGUAGAAAUGUGUCUUAAAGAUAUGGGGGCUGUAAACGAAGCAUAUUUUUGUAAACUGAUCAGGAACUGGUAUAGAGCCGAAGACGAACCGGGCAUCUCAGCGAUGGAUCGCUGUAAAUACCGUUUAGAGCUUCGAAAAUGGUUACUCAGCAACGUAAACUUAGGAGUGUUUCCACCACCAGGCGCCUAUGUCAAAGAUAUUCCUAUCGUUUUGUAUGAAGGGUUAUUAACAGGAAUUGAAAGACGGAUACAGUUAUUUUCGUUUUCGAAAUCAGGAUCUUACAAUGUUAGGGCGGUUGGCAGUCUAGACAUUGAGAACUUUUUUGGAGGGUUCCAAGACAUAGAUCCGUGUGGAAAAGGCGUGUUGCGUCCAGAUAACAUAUCUGCCGCUCUCAGUAUCGCAACCGAAUUGACAGAAGCUAGAAUGAACCCAAACAGGGGAUUUUAUAUGUGCACUUCUGUGGCAAAAGUAUAUCCAUGUAACAGUUAUGACCACACUUAUCCAGUAGAUGGUACCGGAAUAGACGGUAGUGGGCAAUCUGUUCGAGAUCUAUCAACAAUAAAAAUCCGAGAUCACCCAUUUGAUAGCAGUGACCGUAAGCGAGGAAAGACAAAACGGAAACUCGGAAAUGUAUCUAAGCCAGAGGAACCGGGAAGACGACCGCUCACAGUCCGAGAACACCAUAGGACACACGAAGCUAAAAUACUUCCACACGUUAGACGGGGGCUUGUUUUAAAGGACGAUGAUUGAAACAAUGCAUUUCAAUAUUUAAAAGAAAUAUUAAGUUGAUAGUUAAAAAUAUGUUUCAAAUUUUACAUAUUAUACUCGAAAUAAUUAAAAAGUGACAAUACCCGUAACAUAAAGAUUUCUGCAACCUGCGACUUUGUAUGAUAAUAAUGAUAUUAUUUUCCAAUUGCCUGAUAAAAUAUGUCAAUAAAUGUAUGCUUACAAUAAGUUUUAAACUCGAUUUUCUUUUGCAUGCAGUGAUGUAUAUAUAUUGAAUAGUAAAUUAUUAAAAGGAAAUAUUUAAGACACGCUAGUUAUUGUAACUUCAUUUUUAUACAAGUGAUAAUAAAUCGU